AGAACAGUCGCCAUUUUUUGGCUCGCUCACACUGGGACACUGCGUUUAGGCGCUGCAACUAUUUACGCCUACCUGCAUUAUUAACGUCAGUGACAGGUAUUUAUUAAAGUUAUAACAAAUAAUGAAUACUGCACGUCCUUCAACGGCUACUCAAUCCAAGACGGACAAUUUGUUAAGUACACCCUCGACGACAAAUUAUGUUACUGGUACGGGCUCACAACCCGACUUAUCUAAGAUAAGCGAAGAACUAAACGAAGCGCAAAUAACUUACCGUAAACGUAAUUUAGAACGGAUAGGGCAUGAUUGUUUGUGUUCCGAAGAAAUUAAACUAAUGAGAAGCGAUCUAUCGCGCGUCUCAUCUCUGUUAGAAAAAUAUAUUGAUUCGAAUGCACAAAUGAUAAAGGAAAUGAAUGCAAGUAUCGUCGAGGUAAAGAGCGAAUUGGUCGACUUACGAACGUCGUAUGAGCAAACGAAAUCUUUGAUUAAAUCUAAUGCGGCGGACAUUACUGCACAAAUACAAAAUGUUCAAUCCACCACCACACAGCUUACUACUGAACAGUGUCACAUUAAAAGUCAACUUACCCAGUUUGAAAACAAGAUUGUAAACAACCAGAACAAAAUACAGAACCUGGAAACAAAUAUAAGUAAAAUACAAUUGGACCCUCAUUCCUCACAUAGUGAACUGUCCGUUAAUGAACAAAUAUUUCGUGAAAUCCAAGACCGAAAUAGGAGACAAAAUAAUAUAAUCAUAGUCGGUAUAUCGGAGCAGGUCUGCAUUAAUACACAGGAGAGAAUUCUCAAAGAUGAAUCUGAUGUUUUAAAUGUUAUUACAAGCAUAAAUUCGAACAUAACGAAACCGUACAAAAUAUUUCGUAUUGGAAAGUACAGUGUCGGUAAAACGCGCGGAAUAAAAGUCUGCUUUAACAAUCCUGAACCAGUGAUGUUAUUACUACGAAGCAAGGGAAAAUUACCCGACAAUAUUAAAUUAUACUCGGACCAAACGCCCUCCCAGCAAAAAUAUUUUCAGACUGUUAAGUGCGAACUAGCACGCCGGACUGAACACGGAGAAACAAACCUUAUAAUUAAAUACAUCAACGGUAUGCCUACCAUUAUAAAGCAAAAUCCAAAAAACUCCAAUGCCCAAUGAGUAG